CCUGGCAGCGGAGAGCGCCUGAGGUCCCCUGGCCAUGCUUCACUGGGUUAUCACAGCUGUACUCCUACCCGGGGUGUUCACUCUCUCCCCCGUGGGACGGGAAUUCGUGGGAAAAUGUCUCUACUAUCAAUCUACCAUUAACCCGCAGCCUUUUACUGACGAUAAAAUAAAUUGUUCUUCGCUGUGGGAAAGCUUCCGUGAUGCCGUUGCCUUCCAGUCUCCCUGUCACGUGGAUAGUCGGAGGUUUGACAAGUUCUGUAACUCGAGUCAGCAUCACUUGCCAAAGAACAAGUUUGUGUUUUGGGAAAGAGUGUACGAGACAGUAAUGAGGUACAGCAACAGAGGAAAACGAACGUUCUCCAUCUCUGACACCCUUACAGGUUUCCUUGGGGACACAAAAUUUUGCGGAAGUAACAGUUCGUCUGACGGAGUAGAACAGGACCGCAGUAAAUGUCCUGGUUACGAGCAGACACCGGAGUGUCCCUGGUCCGCUGAAGCCGCUUUCUGGUCAGCUGCCUCUGAACAUUACUCAAGAUCAGCCCAUGGUGAGGUGGAAAUCAUGCUGAAUGCUGCGUCAAAUCCUUUUUUUACCAAUGAGUCAUAUUUCAUUCGAUUUGAGUUACCCAAUCUUAAGAGCCCCAGAGUGACUUCUGCCCAUAUUCUGUUAGCCCUUAAUUCUGCCUUGCCUCCGAGGGAAACUUGUUCGGGACCAUCGGUGGAAUUUCUAAGAAGAAGAUUAUCUGCAAAUGGUGUCACAAAUGUAACUUGUACAAUUAAUCCAAGCCCCCUGAGGUUUCAGUUGUGUUCCGAGAGUCCGACAUUGCCAUUUUGUUCUCUAGAUUGUGACACUAAUGGCGCCUCACUCAUUUACCACCAACAAGUUUACCAUGGUAACAAAUAG